AGACGAUCUUUGCAGUCGUCAGUCACCUAUACCUUCGUUGUUAGCAUAUGGUCGGCGGCAGAAGCAGGGAUACCUAUUCUCACUACCGGAACCAUCCAGCUGCUGUUACGAUGACUGUCUCUGGUUUAACGCGGUCGACCUAAAACAUCUUCACACUGGAGGCCUAACAACGACAAAGCAGCCUAUUAAACCGCUGACAGUUGUCGUUGUCCGUCCGCCGAGGCUCCUAACAGCGUCAAAUCACCACCACCACCACAACCAGCAGAGGCGUUUAUAGGAACACACCGACAGGUAUGUCUUCAUCCGCUGCCAGAGACACCGUGGUCAAAAAGAAGCACGUCCGUUUCGCCAGCAUGGAGGACGACGACGACGACAACGACGACCAGGAGGAGGACACUCUGUUUGACAAGAGGAAGGACACCAGGAGGGGGCUGAAAAGUGCGCUAAAGGCGGGGAAGAGGACCGUUAAACCGGGAUGCGACGACCGGUUGGAGGUGGUCGGUGGAGGCAGGGGCGGGUCCGGUGCGUGCGGGCGCUGGAUGAUCACCCUGGCGCUGUGUGCAUCCUUCCUGGGCUUGGUAAUGUCAGCAGCAGAGCCUAAGUCAACCUCAUUUCAAACCUGAGUAAACGUGCCUCAUAUAACAUCAUAAUAAUCAUGAUUGUGUCACACUGUACUCACAAUUACUCUUAGCAGCAAAUCCAAACAAUCUGAGUGAAUAUCUGCACACCAAACGUUUUAUUUGUUGAUUUAUUCCUGUGUGGUUACCUGGUUUUGGUCCUAAGCUCACAUAGUAGACACCUGCCUGAAUGAAUGGGUUUAUAAUCAUAGAUAAGCACUAAAUAAUGAGCUAUAAUCAGAUGAUCAGCACGGUUAUUUGCAUGCCUUUUGUUCUGUAUGUGGUUUUAGGCCAUUUUCCCCUGAAUUGAACCCAGCUAAGAGGUUUAACUAUACUCAGAAAAAUUUUAUUUUUCCUUCUGUAUCAGUGACUUUACAGAUUGUUUUAGCUGCAAAAACAGCUCUUUACAUACUUUAAAUACACAGCAGCUAUAUAAAAAUGGGAAAUCUGGUCACUCUGACUUUGGAUAAGUAGUUACUGCCUUUAAAAAGCCUACUUAUCAAUCAAGAGCAGCCCAGCUGUAAUACACGGAAACGAAUGCCUCAGUAUCCCGUGCAGGCAGGAUUUAGAGUCUUGCAAAACCUGCUCUACAACCACAAUAUCCGCAUCAAAUUACUGACAUCCAUCAGCAUACACCUGUGGGGCUACUGUCAUCAGGGACGUUAAAGUUUCCUUGUCUACUUUCUCCACACGUACACUUUGCUUUUCAAGUAACACCCCGGAUUAAUUCCAAACUAAGCACUAAGUAAUCACAUAAAUGGUAAAUAGUCACCAUACCAUUUAUGGGUAGUCAUGCAGAACUAUUUUGUGUUUGAUCAGUUAAAUCCAUCAGAGACAAAGCAGGCACAGCCCUCAAUCUCUUACAUACAAACUGCAGGUGAUGCAGGUUGAAAAGCUGUCACACACAGUAACUUCAUCCUCUCAUGGUGAACGUGUGCUCUCUGUUUCAGGGGAUGAGUAUCUCCGUUCUGGGGCCUACCUUUGAGGACCUAGCUGUCAAUGUGAAGCAGAACAUCAGCAACAUUUCCUACAUCUUCGUCGGCCGCUCUGCCGGUUACAUCGGGGGAUCGCUGUUAGGAGGCAUCCUCUUUGACUGCAUGAACCCUCACCUCCUCCUAGGUAACCUUUCACCCACAUUGAGGUGUGGAAAUACAGUGAGUGUGGAAAUGUUAAAACUUUCCUGCUCUGUCCCUGUGAGACAUAAGGCUGGUGUGUUAGCUGUGGUGUGUUUGCCUUCUCCACAUGAACCCGUAGUCUCUCUUGACUUUUCCCUGUGGAUUUAAUAACAAGUUCUCUCUGGUGGGUCUUUGUCUGCAGGCUUGUCCAUGCUGGUCACAGCGUUCGGGAUGUGUGCAAUCCCUUUCUGUAAGCAGGCUCUGAUCCUCACUGGCCUCAUGUCCAGCAUCGGGAUGUCAAUGGGUAUUUUGGAUACAGGUAAUGUUUCAGAAAAUGGAGUUAUGAGUGAACAAUACUGCAAGUAGUUCAGUUUCAGCUUUUAAAAUAAAGAUUCAUACAUGCAGCUAUACAGGUAUACAACUGCCUUAAAGAGAUAUUCCAGCGUAAAAUUAAUUUAGGGCCAAAAACACUGUAACACUGAGUUAGACACCCCCUCGAGAGAUGAAUGUUGCUGACUGCUUGCUUCUCUAGUUAUAUGAACUUUACUAAUGAUUGCAGGAUAGCGAUACACAGCGGUCUGAGGAGCCAUAAACAAACCUCAACCAAAAUGCUACUCUAUAGGCACAAAUAAUGCUUAACUUCAUCAACAGUACAUACAGGGUCCUAGCCACAGCACUAGCCACCAAACAUCAUUUUAACUUUGCUUAAUUUCUUGAGCAAAGAGACUAAACACAACUCACCUACUCUCUUCCAGCAGCUGCUUGUUUGUACGGAGACCUCAGAGUCCAUCACCGACACACAGCUCAAGGAAGAACAUUUAUGAUCAAUACUUUAUCAUUUCCUUGAAGUAACAAUCAUCAUAUUUAUCAUUUUGCACUGCAGACACGGUAGUUCUUCUGCCUUUGUGUCUCGGUCUGAUUGCAUUUCCAUGAAGAAAUGAUCAUAAAUGUUCUUCCUUGAGCUGCGUCACCCCGCAGCAGUCUGUAAUGGACUGGCCUGAGGUCUCGCUACAAACAGGCGGCUGCUGGAAGAGAGUGGGUGAGUUGUGUUUAGUCUCUUUGCAAAAAAAUUGGGCAAAGUUAAAAAGAUGUUUGGUGGCUAGUGCUGUGGCUGGGACCCUAUAUGUACUGUUGAUGAAGUUAGGAGCUGUUCUGCGCAUUAUUUGUGGCAAUAGAAUGGCUUUUUGGUUGUGCGCGUGGCUCUCUGUAUUGCUAUUGUGCGUUGGUUACUAAAGUUGGUAAAACUAGAGAAGCAAGCGAUCAGCAACAUUUAUCUCUUGAGGGGGUGUCUAACCUGGUGUUACGGUGUGUUUGACCUUAACUUAAUUUUACGCCAGAAUAUCCCUUUAAGUCCUAGGAACAUGUCAGCCACCAGGUCUCUAUAUGUUUCGCCUCUGACUGUUGUCUUUGUUCUCCAGGAGGGAACGUCCUCAUCCUGAACACCUGGGGCAAGCAGGCUGGCCCUCACAUGCAGGCUCUACACUUCAGCUUUGCUGCUGGGGCCUUUGCAUCACCGAUCAUUGCAAAGUUGGUGUUUGGGGCUGGAAUCCCGUCCAACAGCUCCACAACCCCCAUCGUUACAGAGCAAACCACCAAAGCCCCUGCCGCUCAUACCAUGAUGCGCUACGUCCACAGCAGGACCAGCACCCUCAAGUCCAUGUGGGCGUAUAUUGUGAUCAGCGGCUUCAUCUUACUCACCUCCUUACUCUUCUUCAUCCUCUUCUCUCGUGGCAGCAAGUCACGGGAAAAAGCCCGCGUGGCGUCAGGGAAGCCCUUGGUGGCCAAACAUCACACGGCUCUAGUCACUCUGCUUGUCUUCUUCUUCUUCGCCUACGUGGGUGCUGAAGUGGCAUAUGGCUCUUUCAUCUUCACGUUUGCCAAGGACUACGCCCACAUGCAGCUGGCCCAGGCAGCCGGGCUCAAUUCGCUGUUCUGGGCCACGUUCGCCGCCUGCAGAGGUCUGGCCAUCUUCUUCGCUGCCUGCAUGUACCCAGCCACCAUGAUCCUGCUCAGCCUGGUGGGCACCACUUUGUCCUCACUGCUCCUCUGCCUCUUCAGCAAAGAGCAUGCAGCACUCUGGGUCUGCACCGCUCUGUACGGGGCCUCCAUGGCCACCAUCUUUCCCAGCGGCAUCUCCUGGUUGGAGCAGUACACCACGGUGACUGGCCACACGGCGUCUGCCUUUGUCGUGGGGGCGGCGCUGGGUGAGAUGGUGCUGCCUGCUCUAGUGGGGUUCCUAAUGGGAAGGUUUCCGGACCACCCCCUGCUCAUGUACCUGUCCCUCAUUGCCGCCACCUUUACCUCCAUCCUCUUCCCUGUCAUGUACAAGCUGGCUUCAACCCCCAGUGGCCAGAGCAGGAAACCCCACGCCAGGAGCCGGCCUGACACGGAUGACAGCGAGUUCCGGCAGGCGCUGCUGGACUCAGAAGCCAAUGAGGAAGAGGAGGAGGAAGAGGAGACGGAGCAGGACGAGGCCGAUCAGUGGAACGAUGCAGACUUUGAAGUUAUCGAGAUGGAUGACGCAUCCAGUCCCAUCAGCUCUCCGAGCAAGGCGUCCUCUUCUCCAGACGUCACGGGUGUAACAGGAAGCUCUGCCGCCUCCAGCAUGCCGCUGACGGAUCUCGCGAGUGCAAUCCCCGACACUGUGAUCCUGGGCGGAGACUCGCCCAGGCGCAAACUGCUGCUGAGUCUGGAUAGAGAGAAGAAGGACUGAAAGCUCCCCUUGCUGGUCGAGAGUCAAAUCUGAAGGUUUACUGAGCAGUCAACGAGAUGCUAGACACUGACGGACUGACACACCUGUGAGGGUGAUCAACAGACUCACACCGACAUAUACAGGUGAUCAAUACAGACACCUGUUUGUGGUGAAUGUCGAGCUCGUCCUCAGCCUCUCCUGCAUCUGUGCUAACGGACACAAACACUUCCUCUUCAGGUUUUUGUGAAUAUUCGUUUGAUUUGCUUUAAGGAGUCUGUGUUUGCCUGCCAUUUUUCCUAGUGAGGUCAAAGGUCAGUGCCUUGCUUAAGGACACACAGACAGAGAGGACAAAGUAAAGCAGGGAUAGUCAUCUUCCUCCUCCUCCUCCUCAGCACCUCAUCAGGCUGUCACAAAGAUGAUUGAACAUGUGAUUUCAGUUUGCACUAUUGCAGUGAUUUAAAGCUGGGAAGGAAACGUGUGAGAUGAUCGAAUGAUUUUAUCUUCUUGAGGCACUUUUGUGAAGAUUAGAUUUUUAAUUUUGUAUGUUUGUCUGACGCUGUACUCUGAAUUUUGCUGGUUGAAUCAGCUUUUGUUUUUCCUGUCUCCAGCUGUCCGUCUCAGUCAUAAACAUCAGUAAACAGAGAUGUCUUAAGUCAGCUCUGUGAUCCUCAUCUGACUUCUGAGUAUCCACUUGUGUUCGCUGAUACGAAGUUCUGAUCCAGUACUUUGUAUUUCCAGAGGUUAAAGAGUUGCACAAUAAGUUUACUGCAUUGAUCACACGCACAUGAUAAGUGAUAUUGCACGCCAUGAAGAAGCUUAGACAUGUCAACUGAGGUAUCAGAAAACAGAGAGCGAAGAGUGAAGAAGAGUUAAACAACAGUGAUGUAAGUCUGCAUGAGCUUGGCACAUGUGACAUCCUCAAUAGAACCACAUGUUUCUGAAAAGUAAAGAAAAAGUGUUAAAGCCAUUAAAACCUGUCAGGAGCUUUUUACUUCAGUCAUCCAACAAAGCUCAGAAAUAAAGCAAAGACUGAAUUUAUGAGUGUUUAAUAAAAAAAUUAUGAUACAUUUAUGGUUUACAGCGGAAUAAAGUGUUGCUUUGUGUCGGUUUAUGAAACUGUGGAAGGAAUAUUAAUUGUUUAUGGUAUCAGCCAAAGAGUUAAUUUAAGAUAUCAGCAAAACCCCAUAAACAUGCAUCCUUAUUUUUAAAAUAUUUUGUAUGUUUUUGUCUUCCCAGAUAUGCUAUAAGCUAAAGAGAGGAAAUGUUUUUAAGGUUUUAACACGUCAAUUCUAGACCCAUUUUACAUCCAUACUGGCAAAGAAGUUCAAAAGACAUGAAGGGAAUUCGGAACAUUUUACACGACUUCAAAUCAAUCUUUAUUCGUAUGGCACUUCAUUCAUUUGUAAGUAAAUGUAAUACUUUUUUAAGACCUUUUAAAAUCGUAUUAAAGACAUUUUAUGAGAUUUUAAGAGAAUUAUAGACAGUUUAAGACCUUAAAUUUAAGUUAUUGUAUAUUUGACGUUUUAAGACUUUUUAAGACCCCACAGAUACCCUGAAUAAAGAGUCGAAUAGCAAAAGAUGGUGGCCGGCAGUCAAACCAGAAACAACUGAAACCAGGACUAAAUUUGGUGUGUUGAUACGUACCGAGCAGAACCAGCGCCUCAAAUUCUGCUUGAGAAUCAGAAAAGUUGGUAGAAAAUAUGAGUUAGAAGAAAUCUGUGCAGAAAAUUCGUCUUUGAGAAAAGAGAAGUUUACGUCAGUGUCUCCUGCUGAUACUCUUAAUGCAAAAUGAUGCAGACAUAGAAACAAAUCUGCUAAAAAGACUUAACUGACAAGAACCGAAUCAGCAUCAUUUCUGUGACUGAUAAAGUACUUUUAGAGGGCAGCAUUUCUGUGUUUCAUGUUCUCGUGCAUCCGGUGUUUUCUCUGUGAUUUGUUUGAUUUCUCAAGCUGAAUGAUGGAACAAAAGAUGUUUUCAUACAUUGGCUUUUUAUUAUAUCAAUUUCAAACCUCCACCCACAGCAAUGUCCAUUAAAAACAGAGAAAAAACACCUCCCUCAUCUGUAGAUUUUUUACAAUUGUACAAAUACACAGGCCCUGUGUAAGUAUGUCUUUGAGGAGACUGAAGCUCAGUCUGAACAUGAGUGUUGGCUUUUUUUUCUUUUGCACAGAAAAAUAAGAGAAUGUACACAAAACCAGAAACGCACAAGGAAAUAAUAGACUCUGCAUGACAUAAAUGAUCAAAACACAGUAUUGCAACAGUCCCAUGAGAUUUUGAGAACUGAAAUCGUUUCCAGUUCAAACACUGAAGUGUCAAAUCUGCUAAAGUGGACAUCGAUAGGACCAUGGAGAAGUAGCAUCCUUUUACAGAAUGUAUAGAUUUGACUUCAUUCAUUGUCGGAGCUGCAGGUGCUUUUUUUAAUGUUAAUGUACUAUGAGUUCAUAGAUGGAGCUGUACAGGGUUAUUUACAAAAAGACUGCGUGGGGUAUAAAAAGCUGUAGAGUCAGUUAGUGGUUUUAAGGUUGUCCAUCUUCAGGAAGAUCCUUAAAGAGAGUCUGAACUGUCAAACGAGAAACAACACAUCAAGUGUGUGUCUGCACUCAGGUCAGGUGCAGACACAGGCGGUCUGUGAUGUAACACUGCAACGCCACAAACCUCAGUUUCACUCAGCACACAGACCUCUCAGAUCGAGAGGGCGGAGAACAAAUAUGAAGACGUACAGGAAGAGGAGGAAGAGAGACGACCUCCUCACAGGAGGCUCAAAAAGCAGACGAACACUAAACAACAUUCAGAGACAGGAUGAGGCUCCAUCAAAGCACCAUUUCAACAUUUACAACUGAACAGUGGAAACACAGGUGAAGAAGAGGAGGAGGAGGGCUGACCGAGGGGCAGCCGUUAGCACCGAGGGUCCAGGAGCGCAUCAGAACUGCUCCAGCAGCUGUCGGAGGUAGGGGGCCUUGGAGAUCUGUCUGUUGAUCCGGGACAGCUUGUAAAGGACAGGACAGUCCAGAGACACACAGGGGACCCGACGCUCAGCAUGGCCGCUGCAGUUCCCGCAGAUCUGAACACACACACACACACACACGUUAGAGAUAGUCUUCAAGCUGAGCUACUUAGUUACAUGGCAGAAAAGCUGAGCUGAGUCUGCAGAACAGUUAGUGUGCAGGUUAAAGUUGCUCUAAAACAGGGCUUGAAGACCUCUGGCUCGGAGCAAGAAAAAAAGCCCAAGUUAGUUAGAUCUGGAUAUGACUAGUAUCGGGCAGCAUUAGGCUGGAUAGCAUACAGCCUGCCAGAGAAGAAGAAGAAGAAGAAGCACCAGCGAACGGCAAGUUUGAAACGAUGGAUUCCAGGUACAUCAAACCAGGAGAAGAAACUGCGAUAUUGGAAGUAGGGCUGAAAAACAAGUUGUGCUGAGCCUAAGCAGAGGAGGCUGGAAAAGAUGGAAAACCUCGCAGAAGCUGGUGGGGAAAACUGUAGAGUAAAGUGCCUGUUUUUGUGUGCAGUGCACCAGAGAGCUUAUAUAUGGCAGCAGUGGGAAAAAGUUCAGUAAAGUUGGAGAGAUUUUCACAGAUUCGGACUUCUGGGAUCAAUAACUGAGACAUUAUCCAAACACAAAUGAUGCCUCUUACACGUCGUAAUAGCACAGACUUCUAGCCACAAGAAUAAAAAAAUUUUUUUUGUUUUUUUAAAAACAAGCCGUUCUUAGAGCUGGAUGAAUAACAUUGAUCUUUAUGCACAGCCAGUAGCUGGGCGAGUGUGCAGGGACCGUCUGCAAAUUGCAUGAUGCUUUAGCAAACUAAAAUCAAUAGCUCCACUGUUAUACAUUACAGAGACUCCAAAAUCACAACACACAACUAGGUCAUGGUCAGACUAAAACAGCUGUUUUGGAGAAAUGUGCCUUUUCAUAAGUUUGGUGAAUUUUUAUCAUUAUGAAUAAUCAAUAUCUUGCAAUAUUAAUCAAUAGCUCAGUCAGCGCUCUAUAUGACUGAUAUAAACAGCUAAUUUUACUGCAGAAAUGAAAAAUAUUUCACACACAGUUUCGGUCCUUUUCUGUAAAAGCUCACCUUCAGCAGCUGGUCCUGCUGUCUCUCCCACUGCCUCAUGUCCUGGUAGAGAGUGACGGCGACUUUCUGCGGCUCGGCGCGGCACCAAGAACACACGCCUAGCUGGGUCAGCUCGUCGCAAACAGGGCAGUGAAGAGUGGUGAAGUACUGAGAGAUGGUUCCCUUCCUCCCUGCCUCCUCUCCACCCACCGCAGAGGAGCAGGACGCCUUCUGGACCUGAGGGGAGACACAAUGAGCUACAUCAUCAGAAUCACCUCUCAAAGGACGGACACAGAAACACAUAAUCUACGUCUAAUCCACAUCAUUAUUACACAAAACACUUCAUCUGGUUUAAAAUCCAGUAUUUAUAUCGUAUAGUAUAGACAGAUCCGCAAAUUAAAGAUACCUUCCUGUCAGUUUUCUUGAUUUUGUGCAGAUCUAUCUCAUUCAUUUUUAGUCUGUUCUACCAGCAGGUGGCGUGUGUUCUCUGUUAGUAAACUGAAGCGUUAACACAGUGGCAGAGGCGGCAGCUGCUCUGAAGUUUGAUGAGACUCAGUGGAUCCUCAGCAGGUAGCGGGACAGAGAUUUUCUCUGCCUCCUUUGUUCCUUUUCUCCUGAAUUAAAUUGUGCUUUUAUUUUGGCGAAUAAGGGAAACAACAAACUAAUCAACCGCGUCUGUUUUUCAAACAAUCAGAGAAAUGAAUCACACAAACUGAUCCUCAAUCAUACUCUGCCCUCUUUCCUUUAUUUAUUUUAUACUGAGGGUGUUCCAGAGUUGUUAUUAGUGAUGCCUCGAUGGUUAAAGGUAAUGUAAAUACAGCUGAUUAACAGGUGAUGACAAUACAGUGGAUUUAUAUCUGAUAUAUGCAAAUCCAGCUGGUAAUCUACAUACAGGUCAUGUGACAGCGACACUUUACUCACCCUGGGUAGCUCCCGGUACCAGCUGGGCACGUCAACGCCGAUCAGUUGGAAUAUGCGAGCGAGCGGUGGCAGGAUCUGUUUGGUGAUGUAGUAGGUGGCGUUGAGACGGAGGCUCGGGUCCUGCAGCACCUCCAUGGGCCGCCGCACCAGUUGGAUGAGGGGCAGGCCAGGCAUCCCGUACACUAUCACGUAAGGCACCCGCUGACCAACACGGGGCUCCAGGCGACGGUCAUAUGCCAUCAUCUGCCUGUUAGGGGAUGGGACAUCAAUUGAUAUGUUCUCACAUGGAGAUCUUCAAUGGAAAACACUAAUAAACAUGUGGACAGUUUUUCUCUUACAUCGUGAUCAUCACUCCUUUGUUUGAAAAUGUAACAGCACUGUAUAAAAUCAGCUACAUCAGGACUCAGCUGUCUGAUAAAAACACACAAGAUAAAUCCCUCCUGCUGCUCAUGAAUGAGCUGGAAUAUUUCCCUCUGAAAUAGCGGCUUUUUUCCUCGUCCAUUAAGAGCUGGGUUGCCUAGUAACAGACUCAGCUACUGUACAUGCAGGUGAGUGCAGCCAGACAAUGAGCGCUGUGGGGAGGAUGUAAUUGGAUUCACACCGACUACUGUAACUGUAGUCCACAGGAAGCUCUGCUCUCAUUCUGCUGCUGCUGCACAAACACACACACACACAUGAACAGUACAAAAGCAAAUGUUCCUCCUCUUUGCUUCAGCGUGAUGGCUGAGAGGAGAAAAACAGAGAAAUAAACAGGACAAACAUGAGUCUUCAAUGGAAAGCUGAAUUUUAAAAUUAGUGUCGAUGGGUUCUAAUUUACACAAAACAGUAGAUCUGAAGGGGAGGAGUCUGAGUUUUUAUGUAAAUUUUGACUUUAACUUUGAAUUUUUCGACUUUUUUUCUACUCAGUUUUAGGAACAUAAUGACAGAAAAUAAGAAAGUUUCCUUGAGAUAUGGCUGAGCUGUACAAACAUAACUAUGACCAGUUGGGGACAAGAAUCAAACAAGACUUGAACAGGUGGAGCUUAGUAUCAUUAUUCGAAAGAAUCUAUUCUAUUAAAAUGAAAAUCCUCCCAAUAUAUCUAUUUCUAUCAAAAACACUACCUUUAUAUGUUAGCUCCACAACCAUAAAAAGCCAAGAGUCGAAAUAAAGACAUUAAAACUGGCCAAAAGAUCUUGAUCCUUGAUCUGCUGAAGGUCCGUGUAUUAACCGUACAUUCAAUUAUUCCAUUUAAUCUAGUAAAUGAAAAAUGAAAAAACAAGUCAAUAUUUUUUUGAUUUUUUUUCUGUGUAACCAAAAAAAUCAAAAAUAGUGUUUGUUUUUGUAUUUUCAGCUCAAAACAGAAUAUAUAAUAGAGAAGGAAACGAAAACAAAAUAAUAAAUCUUAUGUACAAAUAUUGAUUUUGAGUGCGCCUGUUUUGAGCAUACGUGCAUGGAGGUUACAUUGGCCUUCCCAUGAUCCUCAGCGACAGUUACCGUGGCGAAAGAUGCGACAGAGCGGUUCGAGCGCCAAAGUCUUACGUUGUAACAGAGCUCUGGUUGUAAUUUUUUCUACAGUCAUAUCUUCCUCCUUCAGCUUGACCCUCCUGGCGGCUUUGAAUAAUACGUAGGAUGCGUCCAUCUCCAUGACAGCAGGUUAGCCUUUCUCUACCGCUCUGGUCAGUUUUUGGUCCACGUUGUUGGCUACUCUGUUGUGCAAUGUGCAUGUGCGAAUAGUAGAAAGGCAGCAUGGAAAAUGGGGUCAUCAAUAACCCGAAAACAAAAAGUAGAUUUAUUAUUUUGUUUUCGUUUCCUUCUCUUUUAUAUAUUCUGUUUUGAACUGAAAAUACAAAAACAAAAACUAAUCUUUUAUUUUUUUGGUUAUAUAGAAAAACAAAUAAACAAAAUAUUGACUUGUUUUUUCGUUUUUUGUUUACUAGAUUGAAUGGAAUAAUUGAAUGGAUGGAUAAUACACGGACUGCUUAACUACUAUAAUGCAGCCCAGAUACAAACUUUACAAUCAUGGCUAAAUAAUGAUACAUGAAGAGAAAUAAGGAAUGACCCUGACUUUACCCCAAACAGAGGCUAAAGUUUGUUUAAGACAUGGUACAAUAAAGGGUUGAUCAUAUAUGGACAGUUCAUCGAUGACAAAGAGAUUGUUAAGUUUGAAUCCUUAUAAAAAUAAUAUGGCAUCUUUUAGAUUCUUACAAGUAAUACGAUGUGUUUAGGGCCAAGCUGGGUAUUUGGGCCAAACAGCAAAAAAAAACGAGAGGCUGACGCACUUCUCCAACCCGAAGAAAAUGUCACAUACCACUUCAAACAAGGAUGCAUUUAAUCCUGAGCAGAAUUGUCCCUUACUUAUCGUUUCGGGUAGUUAGACGUCAUGGACAUUGCUGAUUUUCUCCCUUUUGAUGCACAACAGUUAACAACCAGAUUCCAGUUCUUGAUUUUUUGAUAUUUGACCUGAGGCCGUCACUGAGAAUCAUCUUUGGUGAAGGGUAACCUUUCCCUCUAACAGUGUGCUGUUGUUCUUUCUCUAUCUUUUUUUAUCAUAUUCACACAGACCUGGUGAGCUCCAGGGCGGGUACACAGGCCCCGGGUCGGUACGAGCUGCUGCCUCGGUACUCCUUGGCGAAGGUCAGGUCCUGCAUGCUGGCCUGGCCAUCCAGGACCUUCAUACACUGACGCUGCACGUACUGCUUCACCUGGCUGAUGUCCCGAGUCUCAAAGAGCAGCUUGAUGGAGCGCUCCAGGAUCUGGGAGGAGAUGGCCAAAGAGAGAGAGUGAUACAGAAACUCUAAUACAUAAAUCUGGCGACUUAUUCUCACUUUCUGAUUGGACCUUUUUUGUGUUGUUGUUUUUUGUGAUCAGUGAUUGUACAGUAACUUAUUUUCUUUCAUGUUAUCUGUCAAAGUAGAAUAAGGGGACUUUUAAAAACCCUCUAAGAGAAACCAGAACUGCUCUGAUGGGAGAGGGAGGAGGGUCAGUUUGCCUGUUACCUUGGAAACAGCGGGGCAGCCGUCACGGCGCACUGUCUCGAUCCCUUUGGCAUCAAACACAGGCUCCUUCUGGUCCAGACUCUCGUACAUGUAACCCACAUACCGUUUCUUUGUCUGCAGCACACAGGGAAGGUACACCUG